AUGAUUAAUGUAACUAAAUCAAGAACGACUCUUUCAAAUAAAUCUUUAGAAAAAUGUAAAAAGGAGUCGCUUUUGAAACAAGUUAAUAAAAUAAAUGAAGGAGAAUUAUCAGAUGUUUCAUUGCAAAGUUCCGCUGUGCCAUGCAAAAAAAUAAUACGAGUAACCAGUUUAAGGAAGGCUGAAAAUAUUUUACCUCUAAAGUUAUAUUCGAAGAAGCAAGACAGUGAUCGAUUUAAACAGCAAUUAGAUAUUAAUAUUUAUAAAAAAUAUAAAAUAAUUAGCUUAGAUUUGAAAAAACGUCUACACGUGGAAAAUCCAACUAAUGAUAUAUUAGCUGUCACUGAUAUUGCUGAAGAUUUUUACAGAUGUAUAAAUGGUCGUCCUGUACGCCUUCAUAUUCCUGUUUUUAAGUCGUAUAAAGAGACAAUCAAUAAAUUACUACAAAUGAAACAAGAAAUAGGAGUAAAAACGGAUUACAUUUUAAAUAUUGACACAAAUUAUCGCAACGAAAUUUGUAUAUUUGAUUCUGCCGUGAAAAGGCUAAAAAAAGAAGUCAAAUAUUUUGAUACAUUUAUAUCAGAGGACUAUCAAAAAUCUAUGACUUUCUUGACCGAGUGGGAUAAAUUAAGAAGUCAAGUUGAUUCACAAUUAAAAGAGUUACAAAACGUUGCAUUAGAAAAAUUUACUAUAAUAUCUAAGCUUAUUGGUUUAGAAUAUAGAUAUGGUCUACAGCAGAAAUAUGGCAGGUUUUUAUAUUAUUUGUCACCAUCGAGUUGGCGUCUAAAUAACAGAGAUUUUGCAAGAUCAUGUGAAAUUGAAGCUAAAGGUUUUGAUUUUGAUAAUUGCAAUGAUGAAGAUACCUUUACAGUAAUAUUUGAGAGAAUGCGAAAAAUUUGUUACGGAAUACCAAUUAAACCUGCAAUUUAUUUUACUCAACCAAAAGAUCUAAUGGAUGUUUUCGAUACAAUGGAAGCACAGCAGCUUCACUAUUAUACGCAUGUCUAUCAUCUAGCGCCAUAUACAAAAAUAUUAAAGAAUGGAAUAAAAUCGUUAAAAGAGGUUAUUUUUCAAGAGUCUGCUUUAGUCAAAGGUUCCAUAAAACGUUUCGAAAAUUUUCUACUUUUUUCCGAACAGCGUUGCGCUCAACUAGAAUCAAAGUUUUUUAAAAUUUUAUAUGGUUUGUUUUACAAAUCUGUUGCUGCACUUGAUGUUAUAAAGUUAACCUUACAUUUACAAUUCUGUUAUGAGAGAGUGCUUCAAGAAAAACCUUUAAAUAUGGACCUUAAAGCAUUGGCAAAGAGUUUAGAAAAUGUUUAUAUGGACUAUUCUAAGAGAUUAGAUUUCGUUCAUAAUGACGCUGUUCGGCUUGCUAUGAAAAAGUGUAUGCAUACAGAAGAGUUGAAAAUGAUGAGAGCUAAUAAUGCUGCUAGAGAACUACGCCUAUUUUACAGAUUAGAAAGAGAGUUACUUCGCUCACAUGGAAUCCCCGCUGAUAAUACAUAUGUCCCGAUACAAAAAAGCAUACCAAAGAAUAAAAUAAAUGUUAAUACCAAAAAUACUAUAAAAGAGCUUAAAAAGAAGUCUUUAACGGAAGCUGAGAUAGAAUACUUAAAACUUUUUACAGACUGGACCGAAAACGAAGAUCCAGCUAUUUUUUUACAAAAUUUAAACGGCAGAAGUAAAAGCGGCAGUUUUAAUGCUACAUAAUUAAUAAUAAUAACAUGCAUUUAAAUGUAUAUUGAAUAAAAAACAAAGAUAUUGAA